GAUUCUAUCUUGCAAUUUUAAAGUUAUAGAGGAAGAAUUUACGGUCUUAAGUUUAAUAUUUUAUUUAUUUGAGUGUGAGUGAGUAAUUAGUAUUGUUACAAAUAUUGUUAUUCAAAAUGGAGAGUGAUACUGAAAGUAAUGAUAGCGACACAAGACCAACGUGUUCUACCAAAACAGCUAGAGUUGGAAUAAAAAGGAAGCAUUAUAAUCAAAAGUUUAAAGCCGAAUGGUGUAAACUACAAGAAUUUUCUACCUGGUUAAAAAAAGAUCCUAAAGAUGAAUAUAAAGCAAUAUGCUCGAUUUGUAACUCAAGUUUGAGCGCAGAAAUAAGCGUUCUUAAACGACAUUGUAGUAGUACAAAACAUGAACAAAAAAAGAAGUUUUUGUUGAGUUCGACUUCAAAGUCCUCUGUUCAACCUACCAUAGAAAGUGCAUUUAAAAAGGCGCCGACUACACUAGAUGAAAAAUGUAAAGUAGCUGAAAUAAAACUUGCAGCUUUCAUAGCUGAACACAAGAUAUCUCACCAAGUAGUAGACCAUUUAUGUGAUCUUAUAUCGGCUACCUUUAGUGAACCAGAAGUUGCAAAAAAAAUUCAGCUGAAACAUACGAAAGCUCAAGCGGUCAUAAACAAUGUAGUUGGCAGGAGCGAAAAGGAUACAUUGGCUCGUGAUCUACAAAAUAGUAAGUUUUCAGUGAUGAUAGAUGAGAGCACUGAUAUUGCAGUGGUGAAAACUAUGUGCGUAGUAGUACGAUAUUACGACUAUAACCACGGAAAAGUUUUAAGUCGUUUCUGGGACUUAAUACAACUUUUUGAAUUCAACCAAAAGGAUUAUUCUGCUAACGCACGUCAUCUGUUUAAACUGGUAAUAAAGUCUUUUGAAAAGUAUUCAGUCCCUCUGGAUAACAUAGUAGGCUUCGGUGCAGACGGAUGCAAUACAAUGAUGGGUUGUAGAAAUUCAGUAUCCAGUCAAUUUCGUGAGAAGUGCCCCGGUAUCACAGUACUUAAAUGUAUAUGCCAUUCUUUGCAUCUAUGCGCAAGCGAUGCCUCAAAAAAAUUGCCACCAGGGGAUACCUUCGUAGCGGCUCUAGUGGCUCAAUGA